UUUUUCCUCCUUUUCUUAUUUCCAUCUUUUUUAUUAACAUAUAUGAUAAAAAGUCCUUUUUUUUUUUAAUUAAAAAAGUUACAAAUAUUUCUCAUUCCCAUUCUUGUCAACUCAAAUUAUUCCACAAACAACACAAGACAAGAGAAAAUUCACAGCCAUCAUUUUACACAAUCACAACCACAACCUCAAGAACAAAGUCACAAUAGCCCAAAACUCAAUGACCCAAUUGAAGAACCAUUUCAAAGUUUGCAUCUUUUGGUAUUCUAACUAACAACAAGCUCAAAACAUCAAAAGGGGAGAGAGAACUACAGAUCGGGGCAAAUUGGUAAUUUUGAAGGUGUACGUUCAUGAAAUCGUUGUCGAGAUUCACCGCCGUAUUGGUGUUGCCGGUGGUGUUAAUCGUCGGCGCGUUGGUGUACGCGCGGUUUCUCGAAACACCUGAGGUUUUCUCCGUAGUUUCAUCUAACGAACCAAUCCUAACAAACAAAGCAUACGAUGAAACACCAAAAAAGCCCCUGAAUCAAAUAGAUGAAACACCAAAAAAAACCCUGAAUCAAAUAGAGAUCCCAUUAAACUGCAGUGGACACAACCUCACUGGAACAUGUCCCACAAACAAUAACCAAAUCUUAACAAACAAUCAAGACCAUUCAUCUACUUCCACGUGUCCCGAUUACUUCCGUUGGAUCCAUGAAGAUUUAAGGCCAUGGGCCCACACAGGAGUAACAAAGGAAGCAAUAGAGAAAGCACAAAAAACAGCAAAUUUCAAGUUAGUGAUACUAAAAGGAAAAGCUUAUUUAGAGACAUAUGAGAAAGCAUUUCAAACAAGAGAUACUUUUACUCUAUGGGGGAUCCUACAGUUGUUAAGGAAGUACCCUGGAAAAUUGCCUGAUUUGGAGCUUAUGUUUGAUUGUGUUGAUUGGCCAGUUGUUCCAAGUGAUGAAUAUAGUGGACCUAAUGGUGUUGAUCCACCACCACUCUUUCGUUAUUGUGGUAAUGAUGCAACAUUGGAUAUAGUUUUUCCUGAUUGGUCCUUCUGGGGAUGGCCUGAAACCAACGUAAAGCCAUGGGAAAUUUUGUUGGGAGAACUGAAUGAGGGCAACAAAAGGAUUCCAUGGAUGAAGAGAGAACCUUAUGCUUAUUGGAAAGGGAAUCCAAGUGUUGCUGAAACAAGACAAGACCUCAUGAAAUGCAAUGUUUCUGAAAAACAAGAAUGGAAUGCUCGUUUAUAUGAUCAGGAUUGGGGACGAGAGGCACAACAAGGGUACAAGAAAUCUGACUUGGCAGGUCAAUGCACCCAUAGAUACAAGGUUUACAUUGAAGGUUCUGCUUGGUCCGUGAGUGAAAAAUACAUCCUAGCAUGUGAUUCUCCCACUUUACUUGUGAAACCUCAUUACUAUGAUUUCUUCACAAGAGGGUUAAUUCCAGUGCAUCAUUAUUGGCCUAUUAAGGAAGAUGAUAAGUGCAAGUCCAUUAAGUUUGCUGUGGAUUGGGGCAAUAGUCACAAGACAAAGGCACAUGAUAUUGGAAAAGCAGCAAGUAAUUUCAUUCAAGAAGAGUUGAAGAUGGAUUAUGUGUAUGACUAUAUGUUUCAUCUCCUAAAUUCAUAUGCUAAACUCUUUAGGUACAAACCAUCUAUAAGUGAUAAAGCUGUUGAACUAUGUGUGGAAUCAAUGGUUUGUAAAGCAGAAGGUAAUGAAAAGAAAUUUAUGAUGGAAUCAUUGGUCAAGGGUCCUUCAAACACAAAUCCAUGCACCAUGCCUCCUCCUUAUGAUCCUCCAUCUUUGCAUGCACAAAUAAGAAGAAAGCAAGGUUCAAUUCAACGAGUCGAAUUCUGGGAGACAAGUUAUUGGAAGAAACAAAAUACGAAAUCUUAAUGUAUAUUUUGAUCUUCGAGUUCUUGUCCAAGUGAACGAUGCGCAGAUCGUAUGAGUGUUGUAAACCAUAGGAUACCGAGUUUGAUUACUUAAUCAUCGUAACAAGAAAAAAAUGAUGACUGUCAUCAUUAUUAGAGAUUAAUGUUUUUCCCUUCCCAUAUAGAGUUCGUUUGGGUAGAUAUAAAUUUAGUAUACACCUUGUCUCAUAUAGUUUGCUAAAUAAAAUGUAUCAUAUUUGUAAUAAUUAUGAGUUUUUUUUUUUUUUUCUUUUUAUAAAAAAUAGUUGAUGACAGGUCAUCUUACGUUAUUUUUAGCAUGGUUUUCAGUCAUUUUCAAUAGGUUUUAGCAGCAAAA